CUUGGAGUAAGGGGAUUGUCAAACACUUCUCUGUGUUUUGGUGUAAAGUUGAGAGAGUUUGUGUAGUUUUGAGAGAGAGGAGAAAAAGGGUUUAACAAAGACUUCUGGUAGACAUAGUUGAUGAUAGUCUGAGUAAAACAGCGUUCUUCUACUUUUUUUAUUUUAUUUUUAACAUCCAGACAACCAUGGAGAGGGACUUACCCUGUUGGACAUCACCCUGGGGAAAGAAGUCCGUGCUUUGGUUUUGCUUGGUUUUGUUUUACAUAGCUGGAGGUAAAGGUGAGAUGUCCCACGCCCACUCCACACUGAGUGUUUCAGCUCUGCACCUGACCUACAUCUGUCCCGAGGGUGCAACCGUCAAACUGGUGUGUGCCCAGAAAGGUGCCGCAUUGUACAACACUGAUAUCUUGAAGCAAAGCUGGCUUUUCACACCCCACAGAGAUCAGCACUGUGCAGGACGGACGGGUCCGCGGCAUACUGUCAUUGGUGGUCAUUCCCGUGGCAACCACAGCUUGCCGCCUGGGUUGCAAUUUGGAUCUGCAGAGCACAACUUCUGGGUGGUUCUGCAGAAUGUGACCAGCGCCGACCAGGGUCGUUACUGCUGCAUGGUUCUAGACAUACAGCGGGACCAUAAGCAUGGCAUCCUCCUGCAGAAACCCCACAGCCACGUUUUACUCCAAGUCACACCAUGGAGCAAAGGAUCCCAAAACUGCACUAUUCAGGAUUCCACACCACCUGGAGGCUUUGCGCCAGUGGCCGGGGCCAUCGCAGCCUUUAUCUUGACUCUGCUUUUUCUGCCUUGUAUUCUGGUGCUUGUAUACAAACAGAGGCAGAGCACCCCUUCGAGUAGACGUGCACAAGAGCUGGUGAGGAUGGACAGUGAGUCUCUUGGACAUGACAACCCUGUGUUUCUUGGAGGAUCACCGCAGAUUAAGACCCGUACCGUUUCUCAGAUCAUGACCAGGCAAUCCUCAGAAACAGGACGGCACCUGUUGUCUGAGCCGGGAACACCUCUUUCUCCUCCUGUGCAUGGGGACAUAUUCUUCCCAAUAGAAGACACCAUCUUUGAGUCUCAAGACUUCAUGCAGGUUUAAAGGGGGCUGGAACCUGCUGACCUGGAAACAGUCCUGCAACUCUCUUCCUUUUCUUUCUGCCUCCAGAGCGAUGUUGCCCUUAUCAGCUGUCUCACAAUAACCUCUGCUGAGAUUGUCGUCUGUACAUUGUCUGGACCGCAGGAGGGAACAGACUGCGUUUUUUAUUCAAAAACUAUUUACGCCUGCAACAACAGCUGGAGGCCAAAAGCAAACUUUUGCUGGUUUGCACUUGAGUUGUGGCGGGGGCUGGGUUGUGUGUGCGAGGUUUCAUCUACACACAGACAAUGACUCAUGGACCAACAGGUGCCGGCUGCUUGAAAAGACUCUUUAAUUUAAACUCUGGUGCGGACCAAAGAACUGUUCUGGUGCGGUUUGUUUGUGAUUGAUAGAGCUGUCAAAGAAACUCAUACAGUGACAUAAGAUAAUUUGGUAACCAUGGUAUGUUUAUCACUUGCUGUCAGUAAACUUGGUUUUCAUCAACAAUAAACGAUGACAUUCAUCAAAAGUGUUCAGUGUGUGACCAUGUCUCACUUCAGCUGUAAUAAGUCAGACCACAAAAUGGACUGGAAAUAAAAAACAACAAUGUGUAAAACAUUUUAAUCGACCCACACGUAUGAAGGCGACCGAAGGUUUUCUCUCAUCCAUGUUAUUGUAAUAAAGUGCUCUAAUAGCUUCAUACCAAAGGAGGCUCAAGCAUCAGAAGUCUCAAUAUUCAUGUACACGUUGAGAAUAAUUUGUUGUUAUGGCAUUACACUCUUCCUCUGUAUCAUUUCCACUCAGCUUAUUUUAUCUUCCCUCUUCGCUACCUCAGUUAUCGUCAGCUCUGCUGCUCUAAAUACUCACCUUCCUUCCUACUCUCAGAAACGCAGCACUUCACAGUGGCCUUAAAUAUAUUCAAAAGGUAUGUAGAAAAAAAGCUGUUGGUUGUUUUUGUUAAUAAAUGGUCAUGAAUGUCAUUCACGCUCAUGUAAAGUUGAAAAUGUAAGAAUAAAAUGCUUAUUGAUUUUCUCUUGAAUGUAACAGAUUCUUAUUUAGAAAACAGCCUCAUAAAACUGCUCAAUCACUGCCAUCUCAACACUGUCUUUUGAAUCCUUUUUGUUCUGUUAUCAUUUGAGUUAUUUGAUAGCAUGUGUAUAUUAGUGUUUAUUCCUGUUUUGUGCGUGCAAUGUGAUGUAAAUAAGUAAAUGCUAUUUAGCACAUAUGUGGAGGAAUGGCAUUGAAAUGUUAACCAAAUCAUAUCAAGGUAGAUUGAGAGACAAUAAGAAGUGAUUGCAAAUGAUUGUAAUGUUAUUAUUACGCAGGCUGUGUGUGAUUGUUCGAAACCACUGGUGUUUCUUUCAUAUUGAGAUUAAAUGUGUACAGCAGGUGCUCAGCGGAAAUGACCUCCAAAUGAUGUGUAGCAGGUAUAAGACAGGGUAUUACGUUUGUAUGUUUUCUUCUAUAUUAACAUUUAAAUACUAUGAUAAAUAGUCAAGUCGAGGUUUGAGUAUUUGUGCUUUUGAGUGUUCCUGUGUGUGUGGGUUUACUCGGGUUACAGUUUAAAAAAUAACUUUGUGGUCUGGUGUUCUGUGUGUGCAUACAUGCAUGCAACUCUGCAUCUGAAUGUAUGCAAGUGUGUGUUUUAAACUGUAAAAACAUUAGACACAGACAUGGAGCAGUGCUGCAAAAGCACAUUUGUUUUACGGUAUAUAUUGCGUUUAAAUAGUUUUGGUUGUAGCUUGUAUAAUAAAGUGGAGCUCUUGAACCUUA